AUGCCCGACCUACUCAAUACGCCACCGCCAUACCAAGUCCACGUCCCAGCAUCGUCAAAUUGUCAAACGUACCACUCAACUGAUAUACUCCUCGCGGCUAGCUCGACGACCGCAUCGGGGCUUUCUGCGACAGGUUCCACUUCGAAAUCGGGUUCUGCGGCGUUUACAUGCUUGCGGAAGAAUUUUGCAAAGUCUGCGCUAAGAGAUCCUCGAGAAGGUUGGGGAAUCCAGACGGCCGACAUACGAAGAUAUCAGGGAUAUGAAGUAUCUGCGCGGUUAUCAAUGAAACCAUAG